GGGCAGGAAGCGGAGCCAAGACUGGUGAAAGAAAAGACUCCAAUUCCCAGCCCCCCGCCCUGCGGGGUGCGGGCCGGCGGCGCAUGCGCGACGCCCGGCCCCCAAUUCCCCCAGUGAGGGAGGGAGGCCCCCGGCGGCCGGGAGGCUGCGAGCCGCGGCGGGACCCGAGCGCACACAGGGGCGCGGCGGCGGCGGCGGCGGCGGCGGCGGCGGCGGGGGCGAGCGGGGCUGCGGAAGCGGCCGUCGAGAGCGUGGAGCGCCCCGCUCGUUCGCCCAGACGCGUGCAGGCACCCGAGGGCACCGCCGGCUCGGCCCUGAUAAGGGCCUGGCGCCCGCAGCCCCCCACGCCCGAAGAGGGAUGCGGUGCGCCCUGAGAGCCCGGUAGCGUCGAAUCGCUGCGCUGCAUACCCGAUGAUGGAUGAACCGUGGUGGGAAGGGCGCGUCGCCUCGGACGUCCACUGCACCCUUCGCGAGAAGGAGCUGAAGCUGCCUGCCUUCCGAGCCCACUCCCCGCUCUUGAAGAGCCGCCGGUUCUUUAUCGACAUCCUGAACCUGCUGAGCGGCCACUGCCAGCUCUGUCCCACGGCCCGGCACCUGGCCGUCUACCUGCUGGACCACUUCCUCGAUCGCUAUAACAUCACCGCCUCCAAGCAGCUGUAUGCCGUGGCGGUCUCCUGCCUCCUGCUCGCAAGUAAAUUCGAGGACAGGGAAGACCACGUCCCCAAGCUGGAGCAGAUAAACAGUAUGAGGAUCCUGAGCGGCCAGAACUUCACUCUCACCAAGAAGGAGCUGCUCAACACAGAACUGCUGCUCCUGGAGGCCUUCAGCUGGAACCUCUGCCUGCCCACGCCCGCCCAUUUUCUGGACUACUACCUCUUGGCCUCUGUCAGCCAGAAGGACCACCACUGCCACAGCUGGUCCACCGCCUGCCCCCGCAAGACCAAAGAGUGCCUCAAGGAGUAUGCCCACUACUUCCUGGAGGUCACCCUGCAAGAUCAUAUUUUCUACAAAUUCCAGCCUUCUGUGGUUGCUGCAGCCUGCGUUGGGGCCUCCAGGAUUUGCCUUCAGCUUUCUCCCUACUGGACCAGAGACCUACAGAGGAUCUCAAAUUACACCCUGGAACAUCUCAGCACAUGCAUCGAAAUCCUGCUGGUAGCUUAUGACAACGUCUUCAAAGACGCUGUCGUGGUCAAGAGCCAGACCUUGGCAAUGGUGCCCGGCACAACCCCCGCCCCCACCCAAGUGCUGUUCCAGCCGCCCGCCUACCCCACCCUCAGCCAGCCGGCGACGCCGGGCCUGGCCCAGUUCCAGACCCCCGUGCAGGACCUCUGCUUGGCCUAUCGAGACUCGCUGCAGGCCCACCGCUCUGGGAGCCUGCUCUCAGGGGGCUCUGGCUCAUCCCUCCACACACUGUACCCCACCCUCCAGCCCCUGGAUGUGUGUCCCCUGUCCCUCCCUGCACCCCUCAGCAUGCAGAUGGCCAUCACAGCCGAGCCCAGACACUGCCUCGCCACCACCUACGGAAGCAGCUACUUCAGCGGAAGCCAUGCGUUCCCCACAGGCUGUUUCGACAGAUAGAGCACCUCCGGGCCACAGAGGGAGGCCUUGGAAACCCACCUGGGCAGGGGAAGAGGACACAGAUGAGGGGGGCUCAGCCGAGUGAGGCAGUGGGGAGGCCGUCCCCACAGAGCCUCAUUGGCUUUGAACACAGAGGGUUCAUAUUCUUUUUAAACAAAGCCGACCCAGAGCAAAGCGGUCAAUGACAUCCCUCCCCCGAGAGAAUUCCUCUGGAAAACGUCUUCCACAUGUGCAGCUGGGGUGCAGGGGGACGGCUCAGCCACCAUCCUCCAGAGGAGGGACCUGGUGGAUUGAGAAAGACCUGGUGAGAGGCCAGGAGACGACACAGGAUGCAGGCCACCAGUCCGCGAGCACGUCUGGCGUCCAGCAUCAAAGACUUCUUUAUUCCUUGCCAGUGGCAGCUACACUGAACAAGAAGGGACUGCCUGAUGUCUUCUCAGGACCCCCAGCAGAGGCCGACUUGGGUGCUCCUUCUCUGGCUCCGUACCGAGGAGCCUGCGUGUGUUUAAGCCUGAGUGUCGCCUUCCGAGGCAUGGUGGGUGGCUGUCUUGCCUUUGUUGUCCAACCUAAAACCUUAUUUGGCCUUUUAGAUAUUUCACAUGCUGCUGCUUCCCGAAGUGACCUAGCUUUCUGUUCAGUAACAUAUCUUGUUUACAUACUGUAUCAGGGAUUUUGUGAUACUUGAAAAUUCCUUACGAGAAAAAAAGGUUGAUUGCCAUCCCACGCAAGGGCUCUCGGUUCGAACCCAGCUUGUAACAGCAGAGCUCCUUUUUCAAAAGCAUAUGGUUGGGGAGAGCCACUUUCCAGGCUCUUGGUUCCGGAAGAUUCCGUAUCUUGGAUGCUGUGUUCACCUGUAGAACUUCAGCAACCACCCAGAGGAAAAGGUGGUUGAAGGGUAGACAAAGGUUUACAACUAACACCGCCCACCUCCCUCCACCAUGGGCUUACGGUGCGUGAAGUUAAACCCAGCCUUGGCUUUGAGUUCAGCUCACAGGGAAGGCUAAACUUGUGGAAUAUUGGCUUCAUGCCGGCUGGAUUUGGGGAGUGGGGCACGUACGUGGGUAUAUGUCACAACCACUGACAGGCAAGCGGUGGGUUAGAUCGAAAGCCAGUAUUUGGGUCCCUGCAGCGACUGGGCUCUCAGGAAGACUCUUAUAACCAUGUGCAAUAUGUUUUUAUUCUGACUCAUGGCUUGUGCUCAUUGUAUUUUUUUUUUUUUUUGGUUCGGGAUCAGGGGGACACAUUGUUCACCCAUCAGAACUGGGAGGUGCAAAGAACCACAGAAGCAUUUUUUGUUUGUUUGUUUGAAAAAGAACCCAUCUUGGUUUUUUUGGCUUAUGUGCCAGUCCAGGAGACUGGCUCGGACACUGGCAGGGAGGCGGCUGCGUGCUGCUCAGUUGGAUCCGAAGGUGAUUUUCAGAGUGAAUGGAAGCUUCGGCAUAGAAGCAGAAGAGGAGGUGACGGGGAUAAGGCGCUGCUGCCACUUUGUCCCAUGAGUGUGGAAAAACUACAUGUUCGUUUGUUGCUUUUCUUUUUUUCCUUUGCCAACCUCCUUCUAUUUAUGUGAGACUGGUUUGGAUUCCAAGUUAAUGUGUCUGUUCUGGGACUGGGGCUUGUGAGGGGCCCCCCAGUAGAGCCUCACAGCCAGCCCAGCACCCAGAAAAAGACGUCCUGCAAUAAACAUAACAUAUCACCUGCUCUUG